UUAGACGCGUGUUUUUGUCGGCUUUAUUUUUUCAUUGCAUUUUAAUUGUUUGCAAACGAAAAUGUUUUUUAAUUUGCUAUUUAAUUGCAGCGUUGUGUUGUUGUGUUUUUUGCUAAGCUUGGCACUGAGUGCGGAUCAGCUGUUGCCGGCAAAUGCGCCGAAUAUAGUGUUAGUGCUUACCGAUGAUCAGGAUGUGGAGUUGCAUGGCUUGUAUCCACUGCAGCAAACAGUGCAGCUGCUGGGCAAACACGGCACACAGUUUACUAAUGCAUACACAAGCUCGCCCAUAUGCUGUCCUUCCAGAGCGAGCAUAUUAACCGGACAAUAUGCGCAUAAUCAUCGCACAAUUAACAAUUCGAUAAGCGGUGGCUGCAAUGGACAAUUCUGGCGACAUACAAGUGAACCCCAGGCGCUGCCAGUGCUGCUGCAGCGUCAUGGCUAUCGCACAUUCUUUGCUGGCAAAUAUUUAAAUCAGUAUGAGGGCGCUGAAGUGCCACCCGGUUGGCAGCAGUUCUAUGGGCUGCAUGGCAAUUCGCGUUACUACAAUUAUACACUGCGCGAAAAUGCGCACAAUGUGAGCUAUACGGACACCUAUCUAACGGACUUGUUGAGCGAGCGUGCUGUAGAGUUUAUCAAAUCGAAUGGCAGCAGUCCCUUCUUUGCUAUGAUUGCGCCACCAGCAGCACACGCACCUUUUACGCCUGCUCCACGUCAUGCCGGCGCCUUUGCACUUGUGCAUGCAUUGCGUACGCCCAGCUUCAAUGCACCAGCUGAAGAUAAACACUGGCUGCUGAGCAGUGGUGAUAAGCUGGACAAUGUAACAGUCGCGCGCAUAGACAAAUACUUUCAGCAACGCUGGGAGACGCUGCUCGCUGUGGAUGAGCUGGUGGCCAAUGUGGUGGCAGCGCUGAAUGCUACAAGCGUCUUGAAUAAUACCUUCAUUAUUUAUGCUUCGGACAAUGGCUAUCAUAUGGGUCAGUUUGCGCAGCCCUUUGACAAGCGGCAACCUUAUGAGACGGACACAAGGGUGCCGCUGCUUAUACGCGGACCCGGCGUGCCCGCUGGCGAAUAUGCGCAUAUGCCUGUUAGUCUGCUCGACUUGGCGCCCACCAUGCUGGAGUGGGUUGGCCUGCAGGCGCCCAGCCAUAUGGACGGACGUUCUUUUGGCGCGCAGCUGCAAAGUCCGCCGCCCGUGAAUGCAGCGCAGCUGGAGCGUACGCUGCUUAUUGAAUACUGGGGCGAGGGUAAUGAUGAUACCUAUAAUCCAGAGUGUCCGCAGCAGCGCAGCGACCAUUUGGCGCAGUGUACGCCGCAGGCGCAGUGCCAUUGCCAGGAUGCCUGGAAUAAUACAUAUGCAUGUGUGCGUGAUUUCCGUUAUAAACUCAAUCGCAUUUACUGCGAAUUCCGGGAUCAUGAGAACUUUGUGGAGGCUUACGAUCUGUACGAGGAUCCCUAUCAAUUGAGAAACAUUGCCAACGACUUGCUGCCCAUUGAGCGCGCUCUAUAUGGGAUACAGCUAAGGAAGCUCAGCAAAUGCGUUGGCAACAAAUGUUGGACUUAAUACUCGUGGGGUAAGUGAUAUUUUUGUCUUUAUUAAUUGCUAGCUCUGUCUCUUCUUCUCUCUUUAUCUUUCAUUAACUGAAUCUUAUAAGAAAAGCAUAGCUUGAUGACUCAGCUACCAUUUAUUGCCAUUUUAUGGAAGUAUAUUCAUACAGUUUACUGUUAGAUUAAUUACUUAUGGAUAUAUAUACUAUAUAUGUAUAAAAAAAAUGGUGUUGAACUAUAACUUACGCCUAGAGACGUCGCGCAGCAUGAAGUUUGUAUAUAACAAAAUAAAAUGAAAGGAAAUUUGAAAACGUUAAGUGUAAAAGAAAAAAAUAAUUUUUGUGCUAAUAAUUCUGCUGAGCUCUACAAAAUAAUUAGUUACAAAUAAAUU